CACCCUGAGCUGUCCCCUGUCCCUGCUGGGUGACAACGCCGUGUCCCCAGAGCGGUGGCUGCUCUGUGGGCAGGAGGAACCCCCUGUGUGACAUUCCCUGCCCCUUGGUGACAAUCCCUGCCCCACGGUGACAAUCCCUGCCCCUUGGUGACAAUCCCUGUUGCUGUCCCCAGAGCGGUGGCUGCGCUGUGGGCAGGAAGAACCCCCUGUGUGACAUUCCCUGCCCCUUGGUGACAAUCCCUGUCGCUGUCCCCAGAGCGGUGGCUGCGCUAUGGGCAGGAGGAGCCGGCGGGCAGCCGACAGCUCGUCCUCGGGGGAGGAGGAGGAGUAUGUGGUGGAGAAGGUUCUGGAUCGGCGCGUGGUGAGGGGCCAGGCCGAGUACCUGCUCAAGUGGAAGGGCUUCUCCGAGGAGCACAACACGUGGGAGCCCGAGAAGAACCUGGACUGUCCCGAGCUGAUCUCGCAGUUCCUGCGCAAGGACCGCAGGAUGAGGGACAUGAGGGACAUGAGGGACAGUGACGGGACACGGCCCCGGGAGCGCCCCGAGGGCGCCAAGCGCAAGGGACUGCCCGGGAACGAGGAUGGGCGCGCCAAGAAGAAGAGGGAGAGCAACGACAUCGCCCGCGGCUUCGAGCGGGGGCUGGAGCCCGAGAAGAUCAUCGGGGCCACCGACUCCUGCGGGGACCUCAUGUUCCUCAUGAAGUGGUGAGGCCACCAGCAGUGUCCCAAGAGUCCC